CUGUUUUCAGACUUGGCAUCUGAAGCAUAGAAGAAGACGCCCAUAGAGCAGCAUGUUCAUUUAUCAAAAGUUUACUUAGAAUUCUAAAUUAAAAAUGCGCUUUGCUUUAUAAUUUACCUUAACACAUUUGUACAGCUCAACUUGUGAUGUUAAAAUGUCAACGCUCGUCUUAGACAAUGGUGCGUACUUCGCUAAAAUCGGAUACAGUCAUGAGAAAGUCAGUGUUAUCCCAAACUGCCAAUUCCGUUCGAAGACGUCCAGGCUGAAAACAUUCACAGCUAAUCAGUUGGAUGAAAUCAAAGACCCGUCUGGACUCUUCUACAUCCUUCCUUUUCAAAGGGGGUAUCUUGUAAACUGGGAUGUGCAGCGCAAAAUCUGGGAUCAUCUGUUUGGAAAAGAGAUGUUUAAGGUGGACUUUGCAGAUACCAACAUUGUGAUAACAGAACCUUACUUCAACUUCAGCUCAAUUCAGGAAUCAAUGAAUGAGAUUUUAUUUGAAGAUUAUCAUUUCCAGUCAGUACUCCGAGUUAAUGCUGGAUCUUUAAGUGCUCAUCGGUACUUCCAUGAGAAUAACUCUGAGCUGUGUUGCAUCGUGGUGGACAGCGGCUUCUCCUCCACGCACAUCGUUCCAUAUUGCAGAGGAAGAAAGAUGAAGGAGGGCAUUUGCAGGAUAAAUGUAGGAGGAAAGCUGCUCACCAACCAUUUGAAGGAGAUCAUUUCAUACAGACAGCUGCAUGUGAUGGAUGAGACUUAUGUGAUCAAUCAGGUCAAGGAAGAUGUGUGUUAUGUGUCACAAGAUUUCUACAAGGACAUGGAGAUUUCACAAUUGAAAGGAGAAGAUAAUACAGUUAUGAGAGAAUAUGUGCUGCCGGAUUUUAGCUCUAUCAAAAAGGGAUUUUGCAAGCCUAGAGAGGAGAUGAAUUUUACUGGCAAAUAUAAAACUGGGGAGCAGAUUCUGCGGCUCACCAAUGAGAGGUUUGCAGUGCCAGAGAUGCUCUUUCACCCCUCUGACAUUGGCAUUCAGGAGAUGGGCAUACCUGAGGCUUUGGUCCACUCCAUUAACAACAUGCCAGAAGAGAUGCAGCCCCACUUCUACAAGAACAUUGUUCUUACUGGCGGCAGCGCCUUGUUUCCUGGAUACAGAGAUCGGGUUUACAAAGAAGUCCGUGCACUCGCUCCUGUAGAGUAUGAAGUUUCUGUCGUUCUGCCACAGAAUCCUGUAUGUUACCCAUGGGAAGGAGGAAAGUUAUUGGCUGAAAACCCUGACUUUGAAGAGCUGGUGGUCAUGCGAGAGGAUUAUGAGGAGAAUGGACACUAUGUUUGCGAGGAGAAGUUUGAUGUGUGACUGUACAUGAAUUGUAUGUCAUCUUGCACAGAAAAUGUUAACCCUGUAUGUGUUGUAUGAAAACUAAGCUGUACAAAGGCAUACUGUACAUUACACUCAAUACAAUUACUCAAUUCAACAUACCUUUUGACAUUAAAUGUCAUAAUUUAGUUGUUUUCCCCCAUUUUUAAAGAACUUUUU